AUGAGAGCAGCAGAUACAUUCAACCGCCCGUUUCUGCAGCAGCAAUAUCAGAAAGGCGCACCUGCCCCAGCUCUGCCAUUAACACCCCCACCUUCUCUUCCAACUUCCGCACAACUUCAGAAACCUAAACCAACUGAAAACAACCCACAAGUAAGAAGAGCUGUAGCAAUUAUAAAUGUCAUAAAUUGUUUAUAAAUUUUAUGUAUGGUUUAAUUUGCAAGAAAAUAUUGUGUCCAAUAACAUAUUAUUAGAUAAAAUUAUUUGAAAUGUUUUCUCUUUAAAACAAAACCCUUCCCCCCUCUCAAAAUGUUACUUUCAGAUUCCAGAUUCUAGCAACGACCCAUACUCACAGUACAAAGUAAUCUAUAACAAGAAAGAUGAGAACAAAGGGGAGGAGCAGUUUUAUUUAAACAGUGACCACAUUGAAUUUUUUCAAAAGGGUAAGGCACCCGCCAGACUUGUGUUUGUCGGUUUUAUUUAGUACUUCAAAUUUCUUAUGUCUGUAAUUUAAUGGGUACGACUGUCAUCCCAGUGCUUCAUUCCGAUCUUAGAUUUUCGCUGUCAGUGUUUACCUCAUUCCCGUGAAUAUCUGCCUUACAUCCAGGGUACCUGGCUAGCAGGUACAAAUAUGGAGCCAAACAUUUUAGCCUAAAGUAGAGCCUCACUCCCCUUUGAAAUACUAUUAUGUUUAUGUUGGAAAGAUUUUUGUCUUCCAUUUUUAAAUAUGCUAUUGUUUUAUCAGUUGUUCUUUUCUUUUUUUUCCCACUAUGAAUGAAAUACGUGCAGCGUGCAUAGAACUAGCUCAUAUUUUUUAUUCAAACUAUAAUCAGUGUCUGAGGUACACUGAUCUGGAACCUGACAGUGUCUGAGGUACACUGAUCUGGAACCUGACAGUGUCUGAGGUACACUGAUCUGGAACCUGACAGUGUCUGAGGUACACUGAUCUGGAACCUGACAGUGUCUGAGGUACACUGAUCAGGAACCUGACAGUGUCUGAGGUACACUGAUCAGGAGGAAACUCAUCCGUUCCCUUUUUUUAGACUGAUCCCCCCCCCCCCUAACUUAUUAUUUUAGAUAUUUUGACAUUGAUGUGAACACAAUAUGCCUCUAAAAAAACCAACGACACUACAUGGGAAAGUUGUUAUGAAAUUGUAAAACACAUAUUUAAAAAAAAAAAUUUAGUGUCGGGUAAUUUUCUUCUGUUAAAACAAGUGGAUGAAAAGAUAAAAAGAAUAGUUUUAGAAUUUUCUGCAUCUUAAUUUGUGUGCUUUUCAAGAUCUUCCAGAAGAACGCCGGACCUAUGAGCAGCUGACGAUUUUGUACAAAGCCCGUG